GUGAGGACUUAUCGGGUAACGAAUAUUACGAGGCUGUAAGAGUCAUUAAUGGUAGGAAAAAGCGUACGGUCGAAAUGAAAGAAGAGAGGCCGUUAUGUGAGUAUGAUAGCGAUGAAGUACCUGUGCAAUGGCAAAGCUGGCUAAGGCAUACAAGGUUUGAUCCCCCUACCAUAGAGGAACUUAUAUCAGCUAAUAAACGAAAAGAAAUGAUUAUUCAAAGGGCCAAAGCUUUGGAUAAAGAAUGGGAAGAGCGCAAGUCAGCGAUGUCGCGUGGUGAAGUAAUUAGUCCAAGGCCAGUAGAGACCAUCGGCGAAGAGGUUAAAGAUUUCCCAUUCGGGACCUCCACGAUACCGAGUGGCUCAUUUAAUCCUGAAUCUUGGAAUCCCGCAUCUACUAAGAAGUAG